AUGGCGAGGGUGACAAUCCUGACCAUUGACGGUGGCGGCAUCCAGGGCCUCAUCCCAGGCACCAUCCUCGCCUUCCUCGAAGCCAGGCUGCAGGAGCUAGACGGGCCGAACGUGCGCCUGGCGGACUACUUCGACUGCAUCGCUGGGACGAGCACUGGCGGGCUCAUCACCGCCAUGAUCACCGCGCCCGGCAAGCACAGGCGCCCGCUCUUCGCCGCCAAGGACAUCAAUCGCUUCUACCUCGAGAACGGCCCAUACAUUUUCCCCCAAAGGCGAGUCUCUCCAUGGAUUACUGUUUCGUGGACGAAAACGUACAGACAAUCUCGUCAAUCUGACUGA